UCACAGCCUCCGCCAGUCACUGACACCUCUGUGCUUCCUGCAGCAUGGAGACCAGCGAGGCUGCCGGCGUGCUGCUGCUUCUGUGCCUCUGCUCCUCACACCUCAUCCACUCCGCCAGGCCAGAGGUGCAAGUGAUGGACCUGCUGACGGUCAGCGAAUCGCGGCACAUGACCAGCGUGGUGGAGAAGAUCCGGUCAGAGAUGCUCACCGUCAAUGAUAUUUAUUUCUUGUCCACGUUUCGGCUCCCUGCAAAGGCCGGCGGCGUCCUCUUUGGCUUCUACUCUAAGAAAGAUAACACAAAGUGGCUAGAAGCCUCCAUAGUAGGCAAAGUCAACAAAGUCUUGGUACGUUACAUGCGUGAGGACUCCAAGGUCCAUUCAGUCAGUCUGCAGAACGCAAACCUGUCCGACGGGACCACGCACACAAUGAUCCUACGGCUCAGCGGCCUCCGCGGGGACACGCUUACUCUAGAGCUGUACGUGGACUGUAAGCAGGUGGACACCAGCCUGGGGCUCCCCGAAAUCAUGAUCAUCCCACAGUUUGAGGUGGAAUCGGGAGAGAUCCGCUCUGGACACAAGGCGUAUCAGAGAAUGCAGGGCUCUGUAGAGUCCAUGAAGUUGAUCCUUGGUGGCUCCAUGAGCAGAGUAGGAGCUCUGAGUGAAUGUCCCUUCCAGGAUGAUGAGUCCAUUCACAAUACAGUAAAUGGAGUCGUUAAUUCCAUCCUAGGGGAACACACCAAGGCGCUGAUCACACAGAUGACACUCUUCAACAAGGUGCUGGCAGAGCUGAGAGAGGACAUACGAGACCAGGUAAAAGAAAUGUCUCUCAUCAGGAACACUAUCAUGGAAUGUCAGGUGUGUG